AUGUUUCCUCUAAAAUAUGGCUAUGAGCACAUCCACGCCAUUCCACAUCCACGUCAUUCUACAUCCACGUCAUUCCACAUCCACGUCAUUCCACAUUCACGUCAUUCCACAUCCACGUCAUUCCACAUCCACGUCAUUCCACAUCCACGUCAUACCACAUCCAAGCCAAACCACAUUCAGAUACAUCCACAUCAUACCACGUCAUGCCACAUCCACAUAAUGCCAUAUCCAAGUCAUACAUUCACAUCAUACCACAUCACGCCAUGCUACAUCCAUAUCAAACCACAUACACCCAAGCCAAACCACAUUCAGAUACAUCCACAUCAUACUAUAUCCAAGCCAUUCAAUCACAUCAUAUCACAUCCACAUCAUAUCACAUCCACAUCAUACCACAUUCCACAUCAUACUACAUCCACAUCAUACCACAUCCCACAUCAUACCACAUCCCACAUCAUGCCACAUCCACCCCAUACAGCAUCCUCAUUAUACAGUAUCCGCAUUAUCCCAAAUCCACAUCAUACUAGACUACUGCCAUAA